GCACCACUCUCCACUCAAACCCACUACUACUCUCUCUCACAGUCUUCAAUCACAUCAAACGCAGUCGUUUUACCUUUUUUAAAGCUUUUUUCUUCUUCUACUACGAUCAUGGAGGCCAAGGAGGAAGAUGUGAGCUUGGGAGCCAACAAGUACCCGGAGAGGCAGCCCAUCGGAACCGCCGCUCAGAGCCAGGACGACGGCAAGGACUACAAGGAGCCUCCCCCGGCACCGCUCUUCGAGCCAGGCGAGCUGACGUCAUGGUCGUUUUACAGGGCCGGGAUCGCCGAGUUCAUCGCCACCUUUCUGUUUCUCUACAUAACCGUCUUGACUGUGAUGGGAGUCUUGAAGGGUCCGACUAAGUGCCAAACCGUAGGUAUUCAAGGGAUCGCUUGGGCUUUUGGUGGUAUGAUCUUCGCCUUGGUUUACUGUACCGCCGGCAUCUCAGGGGGUCACAUAAACCCGGCUGUGACUUUCGGCCUUUUCUUGGCCAGGAAGCUGUCCUUGACUAGGGCGGUGUUCUACAUCAUCAUGCAGACCCUUGGCGCCAUAGCCGGAGCUGCCGUGGUGAAAGCUUUUGAGAACAAGAACCAUUUCUUCGAGUUGAACGGUGGUGGCGCCAACAGUGUAGCCCAUGGCUACACCAAGGGCAGUGGUCUUGGUGCUGAAAUUAUUGGCACCUUUGUCCUUGUCUACACCGUCUUCUCCGCCACUGACGCCAAGCGUAGCGCCAGAGACUCCCAUGUCCCGAUUUUGGCCCCGUUGCCAAUUGGGUUCGCCGUGUUCUUGGUGCACUUGGCUACCAUCCCCAUUACCGGAACAGGUAUUAACCCAGCUAGGAGUCUUGGUGCAGCCAUCAUCUACAACAAGAAGCAUGCCUGGGAUGACCACUGGAUCUUCUGGGUUGGACCAUUCAUUGGUGCAGCACUUGCAGCUUUGUACCAUGUGGUUGUGAUCAGGGCCAUUCCCUUCAAGAACAAGUGAAUGCUUAAGCAGUGAGUGAGCGUUUCAACAAUCAACAGCUUUGUACUUGUGGCCUUUAGAACAUGUCAAGCUCAUCAAAUGAAGCUCCGGCUGAUCGAGCUUGUUUGUUUUUCUAUCUGUAUGGGUUUUAAUUUAAGUUUCUUAAGCAAGAAUUGUAAUAUCUCUGGUUCUUCUUUUAGAUCAAGGCCCUCUUUUCACUUUCUUUUUUAGGCACGGGGGGCCUGGCUUUUAUGUGAGUGUACCAUUGUAUGUAUUGGCUGUGAAUUUGUGUAUUGUCAAUUCAGAAAAAUAACACCCACCAUUUUCCAGAAU